AUGGCCACAACUAGAUUGAUCAAGGGUGAAUAUCCCAUUCCACCCGUUGCCAUUCCACAAGAAAGCAACCUUUUGAUCGAAUUCCACCACCCCGCGUAUCCCGUGCGAUACUCGACAUUCCUCAGCCUUCCGAGGGUAGACCCUGCACCCCACGGCGGAAACGGUCCAAAGAGCGGUGUCUCUCACAGUAUAGCCCUACUCGCAUGCCAGCUCAUCGCCGACAACAGCUUUGGAGGCAGGCUGUUUCUGGAUCGGGAGGGGCGAGAGGGGGUGGUGGUUGGGGCGGAUGGCAUCUUGCUGGCCGAUCAUUACUAUUUUAUCGCUGACACGAACAAUCCAAAAUCGAAGUACCCCAUCGUCCCCUCGUUUCGCGAUUGGCAAUUUCCCCAUGGCCAAGUCCCUGCAUCGUGGCCCGAGCCAUCCGCAACCAGCGCCCCCAGGUCGGCAGCCGAUGGACAAUCCAGGUGCUCUCUAAGUAAUCACUGCAUGGGGCUUAAGAGCGCCCACUUGGUUCCAAAAGAAGAGGCGGAUUGGGCUAGCAGAGAGUCGAUGGGACGAUAUGGCGCGCACCCCAUCACCAAUAUACACAAUAGGUCGAAGAACACCCUACCUCUGCGGGCGGAUAUCCACAAAUGCUUUGACCUCCAGCGCGAGUUUGCCAUAGUGCCUAAAAGGGAGAUAUACGGCCCUGCAGCCCAGAACUCACAGCGCCGUUACGUGGUCCACUGCCUGGGAAAUGAUAGCCCUGAGUUUUGGGGUCUGUACCAAAACGUUCCCUUGCAAUAUAUCGGCCAUCUCAGCAAGGAAGCGCUCUUGGCCCGAUUCGCCUGGGCAGUUAUUCUGGACGUCAAACCCUUUCUCUUGCAAGGGCCGGCCCGAAACAUCGUCAGAUGCAAUGUUGGUGGGCAGCAGGAGGCCAGGGAGAUGACAAUCGCCGAGUUGACGGAGCUUUACGGAGGGGGAGGCAGCAUGGCAGCUACCCGUCUGCCUUCGCGCGAGAGGAAGCGACCUAGAGUGGAAGGCGAAGGAGCUGAUAGUUUCGGAGAUUCGGAAGUUAUGUCCGGGGAUGAAAGUGAUACAGAACAAGAGCUGAGGGGAAGACGGGGAUUCUCAGAACAGCUGGAGGACAAGCUGCUCUCUGCUAGAUUUGAGCGAGGAGAGCCGACGGAAUUGAGUUAUUAG